CUUGUAGAAAUACAUGGUAUUAUAUUAUCUGGUCUUUAUUAUUUUUUGUUUUUUUCCUAUGCUGCUGGAGUGAAUCUGAACUAGUAGUACUGCCUUCAUUGUUUUCACUUUCCCAACUAGAAUAGAGUAUUAAGCAGAACCUGCAAAUAAAUAUGGUAUCCACAGUGUACACUAACCAGAGAGCAGUAAAGGAUAAAGAUAGCACUCUGAUUUCAACAUAGCACUUGAAAAGAGUGUAAAUUUGUUUUAGUCUGUGUUUUGCAUGUAUGUGUGCACAAUGCCACAGUUCACAAGUAUUUAAGGGAAAGAUAUUCUAAUUCCUUUCCUUCAUCGGAGAUUUUCAUAUCUGAAUAUCUAGCAAUAUAAAUAUCAAUACUAUUUUGCUGAUCUGAUUUUUCAACAGGUUGGCUUUGCUUUUGCUGUGAGCGUCCUACCAUGAGGUUCAUCUUACAGGCAGUUAGUGUUAUUUUAACAUUUAGUCUCAAAUGUAUUUGAAUUUAUCUUACAAAAUAAAUAAAUUCCAGCUUCUAGUAGUAGUAAUAUACAAAUAGUCAACUGUAAGUACAGUACUUAAAGCAAUGUAUCAUCAGUGCUCGGUGCAAUCAGUUGCAUGCACUUUCUGGCACUGUCUGCUAAAGCCAGAACAGCAAGUCCGAGUGCGUAGUCAUUUGUCACCGGGAGUCUAAUGUUAGUACUGACUGACUUCUCUCCCGAUUUGGCCUUCUCCUUAUGACCUCAGAUCUGCAGCUAUUUCAGCUGACAUUUGAUAUUAAAACUUGGGCACAAACGCUUCUGACCCUUCUCUGUUCUGCAUGCCCCUGGAGCUGUGCCAAGCCCUGGGUUUGGUGCCUAGCACUUCAUUUUCGAGACCUCUGCUCAAGGUACGUGUUCCUGGUACCACAGGGCAGAAGGGGCUCCUGCGAUUAGUGCUCUCCUACUCCAAAGAUGGUUUUCCUUCUAUUUUCUCUCAAUUUUUUAAGCGUGGUUGCCAUAUCUGUGACCCAAAUAAUUCCUUCGAAAGGAAUUAACCCCAGAAGGAUCACUGAAUUCAGUGAAGUCAUAAUGUAUUUUAGCUUUUAUUUUUGUUUUCACAAGUUAUCUUGGCAGCUUCAGCAAGGACAGAACUAUGUUUUCAACAGGGCUGCUGGCAUGUGGGACUUGAAAAACAUUCCCCAAAGUUUGCGUGAGCCCUCACAGCUGUUCGUGCGGAGAGCCUGACAGCUUCCAUGGUUCGCCCCAGCCUGGUUAAGGCCGAACGUGAGAAGGUCUCCGCGGCUGACGCCUCCCCAACCCCGGGGCACAGACCCGCCACCGCCCGCUGGAACGUGGCCCUAGGCCGAGGCCGCCCGGGACGUUAUCCGCUGCUCUGUCACGGCAAGAAGAGCCCGCCUCCCGUUGGACGCCUCCGACAGCGAUUGGCUUUCAGGGGGCUCGCUCGCGGGCGGCGAUUGGCUCGCGAACAGUGGGGCUGGGAGUGAUUGGCCGGCGGGAAAUGGCGGGCUUUCCCCACGACGGCGGUGAGCUGAGUAGAUGAAUUGCUAAAAUGGCAGCCAGGAAUGAGACGCAGUUUGAAAAGUUAAUUGAUGAAGCUACAAGAAGAAAAGAUUUCGAAUUGUUAGAACAAUAUCUGGAAACAGAAGAGUGUGAAAAUGUCUCUCACAAAUGCAGCAAACAGUUUGUCAACAAACUAGACAAGCUUCUGUGUCGGGAGCUUGACAAACAAGAAUUCAAAACCAUUUCAACUUUACUAAAUUCUCUUUGGAAAUGCGGGGAAAAAAAUCAGCAUAGCCGGUGAAGAUGGGCUCCCAGCAAUGAUAAAAUAUGGUCUUAUUGGAAAGAUGGUUAAUUGGUUUGAAAAGGUAAAAGGAAUUUUGAUCCUUAGAGGAAAUGAAAAUAAUAAAAUCCUUACAACUCUGGCUGAAGAUUUCUUCAACAUAUUGCUGGCUGUAUAUGAUAGCAGACCUGAAGGUAAAAUGCAAAUGUUAGAAAACUUUGUUCUGAGAAUAUGUACCCUCAUUGCGGAUGUAAGAAUUAGUAUUUAUGUCCAGCAGGAGGUAGUAAGAAAACUUAAUUUAAUGCUCGACAACAUGCCUCGAGAUGCAAGGAAAAAAAUAUUUUCUACAAAGGAAAUGCUGCCUGUCAUGAGUGACAUGGGUAGGAGAAUUUUGGAUGCUGGAGACUACGAUCUGCAAGUAGCCAUUACGGAAGCUUUAUGCAGAAUGAUACCAGAGAAACAAAGAAGGGAACUGGCAUGCCAGUGGUUUUCCAUGGACUUUGUGUCCAGUGCAUUUAAAGGAAUUAAAGAUUCUGAGUUUGAAACAGACUGCAGAAAAUUUCUUAACCAGGUGAAUGGCAUGCUUGGAGACAAAAGAAGGGUUUUUACAUAUCCGUGCUUGUCAGCAGCUCUUGAUAAAUAUGAGCUACAGAUACCAUUAGAUGAAAACCUUGAAGAAUUUUGGAUUGAUUUCAACAUUGGUAGUAGAAGUAUAUCUUUCUAUGUGGCAGCAGAUAAUGCAGAUCAUCAAUGGGAAACAGUCAUUAUACCAGAGGAAGAGGUAGUCCUGUACAACCUUGAAGAGAAAGAUUCAAAAAAAUUAUUAACAAUAGAUCUAAAAAGCCCAAUGAAUGUGGGUAAUCAAGAAGGAGAGAGAAUUUUUUUAUAUUUUGAUUCUAUCUUGGAAAUCAAAGAUGUAACCGGAAAGGUUUAUGGAUUAAGUAAAUGUAAGGUUCUGGUACCAGAAAGUCAGUUGUCACCAUGUUUGGAAGAAAAAUCUGAAGAAGAGGAGAAACUCAGUAAGUACAAAACACAGCAACUUCCGGGAACACAAAGGACUCUGUGCACAAACAACAACCAAGAUAAAUGCAAAGGUAGUUCCUCCAAGAUAACCACAUCUUGUAAAAGGAAAGUGUCUGAAGCAUCAGUGCUUAUUCCUGGAACUACAAGAUUUCCCACACGGAGUCCACUGCUAUUUGUUAGUACAUCCACUCCUUGUAAAGGACGAUUUAAAUUACCUUUGAAAAUGAUGAGCUCUGCUGAAAGGUCUAAAAGUAAUGAAAUAAAUGAGACGAGAACAAAAAAUGUCUAUAAAGAACCUACUGGAAAUGGGCAAAGAUGUACACCAGAUAAUGAAUUUUCUGAAACAGAACAGAAUGCCAGGAAGUCAAAAAUCAGAGAUGAGGCAAAACUACCUGAAAAGGGAAUAUUUAAUGAAGAAGUUUUAAAAAAUAUACAAGAGGCAGAAAAUAGGGCCACCAGAAAGCAAACUUUAGAUGAUGCACUAGAUAUUGUUCCUGAUUCUCAGCCAACAGGGAGAAGCAACAAACAUCUACUGCCUGGUCUUUUGGAAAGUUCUUCUGAUAAAAACAGAACAUGGAAAAAAAGAGCGUGUUCUGUUCCUGAGAAGAAUAUAACAACUGGUGGCAGGCAAAAACUAAAUCUGACAUCAGGACCUACAUCCCAUUCAGGUUUUAACAAAAGAGAUGUGAAACAAAAUGUUUUUUAUUCAGUUUGUGGAAAUACCUCUCCAGAUAAACAAAGAAAUAAAAAAAGAAGAGAAAAACAGCAGCAAAAUGGAAUUGAAAUCACGAGGGAAGAAAACUGCAAAAUACUGAGUGGACAGUCAAAGAGCAUUAAUAAUUUGGAACUGAAACAGUUGAAUACAGAAAUUAAAAAUAUUUCAACUACUGCUGAAACAUUUAAAACAUUUCUUUCAGCUAGAGUGUCAGAAACAUCUUUGCAUUCUGAUUUUACAAAAUACAGCAAUACGGAAGAAGAAGCUGAUGUUCUCUCAGGAAAAGAGAAUUCAAAUAAUAAACAGUCAAAAACGAAAAAAAAGUCUAAAGAAAUGACAGAUGCAACAAAAUCACUAAUUACUAAAAUCAGUGACAGAUAUAAAGAAAAGACUAGCGAGAAAAGCAAAACAAGAGACUCCUCAGGUUUCAACAGACCGUAUUUAAGUAAAUCUUGUUUCAGUGUUAAUAAGGAAAAAGUUCAAAAUAGAAGCUUGAAAACUACUACUUUCCUUGAUACAACCGCUGGUCAUAUUUUGGAUGAUGUCUACAACUUUAACAUCAGUGGGUCUGAUGAGCCUACAAUAAAGCUUGGGAUCCAAGACUGUCAUGUUAAGGAACAGAAUAUUCAUACAGAUCCAAAGAAAAACGGGAAUCCAGAUGAAUUUAAAACUAGCACUGAAAUGAAAGCAGGAAAAAAAACUAGAAACAAUCGGGACAAGAAGCAUCUCUUCAGUGACACAGACACAGAAUACAGAGGUGAUGACAGCAAGACAGACAUCAGCUGGCUACAAGAAUCAAAAUCUAAACCCCAGUUAAUCGAUUAUACUAGAAAUAAAAACUUAGGGAAAUCAAUAAGUGCAGGCAAAAAUAAAUUCUCUGAACCUGCUUGCCAGAUGGAUACAUCUAAAGGCAAAACAGCAAAAAAGAAAAAGGAAACUGAACGUAAAAAACAAGCUUCAAGACAAGAUGAAAUGAUAGAACAAACCUAUAGAACAAAACGACCUCGAAAAGCAGCAUUAGCAAAAAAUUACAAAGAGCCUUCCAGCUCAGAGGAGUCAGAAAGGGAGUAUUCAGCAUGUACCUCUAAGAAGGAGAAGUCAAAAGUACAGAAACCUAUGAAUGAGGAAAACAGAGAUGGUGAUCAGCAGAAGAAACUCCAGAAUACUGUAUCUUUGGAGACAAAGACAGUAGUAGCCUAUGUAAAUAAAGCGUUUAUUAAAUCAAAGAACUCUGAUGAAGAAAAGGAAAUUGAAAUGUCAUUACCUGAGAGUCCAGCAUCUCUUGAGACAAUGAGAGGUGCUGAGAGAUUAUCAGAGAGAGAUGUUACUCAAGAGCAUAUUUCUAGUGAAGGAUCACCUGGUCUUCAGGAGUCAACACCAAAAAACAGGGAAACAUUAAACUUUGGGAAAGGAAUCUCUCCUAAUAAUCUCUGUCCACAAAAAAAGAAUUUUCAAAACAUGUGUCUAAAUCAGUCCCCUGAAAUGACUGUUAAAAAGUUAACAUUUGGAAAUAAAAGUUUCUCACCAGUUAUAACUGCAUCAUCUUUGCUCAACUUAACUCCAGUAACCCCAUAUAAAACUGCCAGUGGAAAACAUACAAAGGAAUCUGUAUCUGAAAUGUGUGAUGCUAAUGAAAAUUUGAGUUUUAGACAUGGCUUUUCAGACAAACUUUCUGUUGAAGGAAAGCUACAAGAUAUCACUAAACCUAUCAUCAAAAAUAAAAGAGAGGAACCAUCUCCUUUAUCCAUUUCCAGUGGAACUAAAGUACAGUCUUGGAGUCAAGAACAUUAUGGCCCUGUGCACGAGUCAGGACCGACUAUACAUACAUUCCUGAAACGAAGGUACCAGAGUGAUACAGAAAGCCAUUCUGAUGAAGUAGAAACAAGCAAAGAGGAGGAAAAGAAAGGAAGCAGAAGAACAAAGUUGCAGCCUAGAAAAUUAUUUAAAAUGGAUGACAUGGUUACUUACAGAGUGUCUGAAAGCUUAUCUACUGUAUCUGUAAAUGAUCCAUCUGUUUUGGGUGAGGAUGUCUGGGAACCUGGUUAUUCAACUAUCAGUAUGUGUCAGAAGUUCCAAAAAGAAUUUACUAAGAAAAUCGAGAGCCGUUCACAAAAAAUUGAUCAUUUUACAAAGCAAUCAUUAAGAGCUGCCCACCAGCAUUUAGCAACAAUGAAUUACCAGCUUCAUGAAUGCAGGAUUAGACAGCUGGACAAAUUUCAUUUAGUUAUCCUUGAGGAAAUUGAAAAUUUUGAGAAAGAUUCUCAGUCCCUGAAAAACAUGGAAAAAGAAUUCUUGACCUUUUGGAAAAAACAGAAGCAGACUUUAAGUAUGUACAUGAAAAAUGAGCAACAGAGAUUUCAGAUCCUGAAAACAUCAUUUGAAAAGAACAUCUUCCAUACUGUUGACUAUGAAGAACAUAUUUUUACUUCACAGAUGCAUCUUAUGAAAGAAGACAUGAAAGGACUCCAAGAGAAAUUUCUUAAAGAAAUGCAAGAAGAGGAACUGAUUAAUGUUCGCAGAGGAUUGCAGACGUUGUUUCUAUCAGAAGACGGAGAAUUCUAAAGUAAUAUUUUCAGACACUUUCCUGAAAUUCAAGCUGAAUAUAAACUCAUUUUUAAUGUGAAAUUUGACAACUAGAUUUAUUUAUUUAUUUUACUUAAGGAAAUAAUUGUAAUGAAAGUAUAUUUUCCUUAGUAAGAUUAAAGUCUUUUGAAUAAGACUUCUUUUAUUAGAGAGAUUUGGAAUUACUUUACUGAAUAUGCUAAAAUGCAAUAUGUAAAUUUUUGGAUUUUUAGCAUAUGCGAUUUUGAAGAAGUCUUUAUUAACAUUUGUAUAGAUUAUUUAACUGACUUCUAGAGAAAUCAAAUUUCACUUAAAAUCUAUGUUUUUGGUCUGUGUGUACAGAAUAUUUCUUUUGUCUGAUGUAGAAUACAGUCAAAUUAUUUAGGGUUCAAAUAGCAUGUGCUAAUCUCAGUCCUAUUCAUCUGUGAUAUUUGAUUUCAGUAGAAGUUUCUACCAGAAAACGACUGUAAACAUUUAUGGUUGAACUAUGUUGCAGGUAUUUGUAUUAAAUAUUUCAGUAAAAAUAUAUACUGUCUGUCUUGUUUUUACAAAAUGAUGUCAUUACCAUUCUGCUUUAAAGUAGCAAUACCUUUUUGCAUUUCUGUCACAGAAAACAUUGCUGGGCAAAUAUUUUGUGUUGGACAGUUGUAAGAGGGUCUAGUGUCUAUAGCUCAGAAAUGUCCUAUAUACUCAUAUUGUCUGUUCCAUGUGCAUAGGACAUCUUCUGAAAUCUAUGUAAUCUGAGAACCACCAAUGAGUCAUAAUUUACCUUUUUCCUUUGUUGCCGUAUAGUGACUACAAGUUCUGUUUAAUUUUAAGAGAAAUACUAGCUUAGAACUUGUACAUCAUAAAUGCAGAAGAAACCUUAAAGUACUCUGCAUUUAUAGUUCCUUAGUAAUCUUUUUAGCCUUUUUAACCUGCAAUCCUGCGUAUAUAUACUGUAUUUUUUUCAGGCUCAGAACAAUACCUUUAAUUCCCAUUUUUUAACAGAACUUAAAUGAAAGCUAUUAAAAACUUAUAGCUCAUCAAGAAGAAGUAACAGAUGUAGAGAAUAACUCAUAGAAUAUGCCUGUCUUUGAGGUUGCCUACAUCAUCAUAUGCAGAGCUGCCUAGUUACUACGGAACUGACUUCAGAUUAAGAUUCACAACAUCUCAGGAGCCUGGGCUCAGUAAGCACGGCACUUGUACAACUUCACAGCUUCUGGAGCUACCUUGAAGAGGGUACACACCCCUCUGUAGCUGAUUUUAUGACCACCAUGGUCUAAAAAUAAUGUAUUGGCCAACUUUGUGGUAACAGUUUCCCUCAACUUAGUUGCUUUACAGGCCUUUACCAUUAUACCUCUUAUUUUGACACUUGGUUGUCUUUAACAACACACAUGCUUUCUGUCUGAUUUCCAUCCCAUGUGUGCUGAGAGUAGCAUGGAGAGUAAUUGGUGUAAUUACUUACUUAAUAAUUACUUACAUCAUUGAUGGGUAGUAGCUUAUUGUAAACAAAUAGUUGUGAAAUAUUUCUUAUGAACUAAAAGUUAAAAAUAGAAGACUAUUCUUCAUGGAAACAAAUGUAUUGAAAUGACCAUAAAAUAAUUUGGUCCAUUCAUUCCAUCUGUGUAGGUGCGUGGAGUCCUCUUUUAAUUUUUGAGCCUCUGAUUUUUUUUUAAGGGUGUGAUCACUGUCAUCUCCACUAGAUGGACCUCAUGAGAUGUUAAAGAUUUCCUUUAGUGAUCUACUCUAUUUGAAACAGGAUUUUCUCUCAACUGUACAAGAUUUUAAGAAGUGCAGUAUACAGCCAAAUUCAUUUCUUACAUUGAGUGCAUAUUGGGAAGAAGUGCUAUCUUUAAUAAAAACUUUUGCUGAAAUAGAAGUAUGAACUUGUACUGUCCAUGUAUUAGUUGUUACCCCACUCCAUUAAAUUCUAAAAACAAUGAGCAGGUACAAUCAAAUCUAACAAAGGUACAGAUAUGAAGCAUAUCACGACAGAAUAUUAACAAAUGCAAAACUGAGCACAAGGAAAUUGCUCAUUUUUCAGUUUGUGGAUGGGAAAGCUUGAGGUCAUUCAAAGCAGACAACUAACGUGAUAGAAAUUGUUUGCUGCAGGACUGUUGGUUUUUUUUUUCCUCGCUAGGUAAAGAAUAGCAUAAGGAAAAUAGCCUCCCUAAGCUAACCAUAUUUCACAUUUUUCACAUAUUUCACAUAUAACCAAAUUCAGUGAAUUUGCCCACCAGUUAUCUGACAUUGAUCAUUUGUGGCUCUGAAAUAGUCACAAUGUUUUGUCUCUUACCAGACUGAAGCAAAAAGAAAGCUGGGAUGGUUGCAAUGAGGGGACAGCUGAGGAUAUGGGGAAGAAGCUAAACAUGUUGCUGCAUAACUACAAGAUGGCUAAAUUGCAUUAGUAAUCCAGCUCAUAGACAUUGUUUGGAAUUUAAAAAAACUGCUCUAAGGUACCCUUAAAAUAUUUUAUUACAUUUUUUAAACAUAAUUUUGAUGUAUUUUAUACAUUUAGUUAUCAAGGAAAGUCUGCUAGUCUGUGCUAAACAGGAGUGUUACCUUCAUGGAUUAUUAGCCAACUUUGUAGUUAACAGUGGGUCAUCUACAGUUUCUAUGCUAAAAAUGGUUCUUCUGCCUAAGAAACUUUCUUCCCAAUUCUUUUUACCCUUUUUGUAUAUUACACAUCAUAUUGUUAAUAAAUAUUUUAUUAAUAAAAAAUUGUUGAUAAAUAUAAUUAAAGGUAUGUUAAAAGGCUAGUUACGAUGUUACAUAUUUCUGUGAAAAGCCAAGUUAUAAAACUGCAAUUAAUAGAAAAAAAAAUCUUUGGAUCAAGUAAUUCAGUGAUUCAAGUCUUCAACUGAUAUGUAAGUAAGUCAAACAUUAAAAAGUUGUACAAAAAUUACAGCUAGCUACAGAGCAAGCUAAAUUAUCAAUGCCAACUUUGUUAGUCCUAAGCAUGAUAUCUCCCCUGAUUGAUCAAUUUCUUCAAGCAUUGCCCUUACUGACAUAUUUUGUCGCACUGUAUGUUCUUACCUUCCACUUGUAAAUGUUAGUUUACUGAAAAUGUAACGCUAUUUUUGUUCUUGCGUCCCCACACUGAGCACCGAAGAGAACAGAAAUUGCAUCCACUGUUUGCACUGAUUCUAUUCACCAGCUUGCAGCAAUUUAGUAGUAUUCUAUACAAACAAUUUUACAUACCUUUAUUUUCCGGAUUAUUUUCAUGCUU